AUGGACGGAGGCAGCAGCCUCAAUAUUCUGUACGCGCACUCCCUCGAGCUCAUGGGGGUCGACCUGGACAAGCUGCACCCUAGCAUGUCGCCGUUUCACGGCGUCGCGCCAGGGAAGCGAGUCCAACCACUCGGGCAGAUCGACUUGCCCGUCUGCUUCGGCACGCCUGUAAACUUCCGCAAGGAGAUACUCACCUUCGAGCCGUGCUACUCCAAGUUCAUGGCGGUCCCAAACUACGCCUACCUCAAGAUGAAGAUGCCGGGGCCGAAGGGUGUCAUCACUGUCGGCCCGUCGUUUGAGCAUGCCUACGAGUGCGACGUUGAAUGCGUCGAGCGUGCUGAGGCUCAGGCGGACGACGAUGCCCUCGCAGCCACUCUGGAUAAAAUGGUAAGCAAAGCCAUGGAUUCCGCACACCGACACGCAGGCAGUUUCGAGCCUGCCGAGGGUAUCAAGACAGUGCCCCUUGACCCGAGCCAUCCCGACGGCAAGGCGUUGAGGGUCCGCACCACCCUCGACAGCAAAUAG